AAUGUGCUUGCUUCAUAGAUUAGAAACCAAAUUGCUAGCCAAGCCAAACAAUCCCCGUGAAAAUUCUUAUCCAGAGAGACAACACCACAAGGCUUAAGCUUCGCACUCAGCAGAGUCACUACUCACUCACAGGGUCAGCUUAUUUGGGCAUGGCAACAUCAUUCUCUCCGACUCCCACACUACCCUCUGUCCGCUCCUCUAUCUUCCCACAAAACCCUCCCAAACCCCUCCUUUCCCUUCCAGAGUUCUUUCGUGGAGGCUCCAAUUCCAGCUGCGUGAAACGCUCAUGGGCCUCUUCUUCAAGCUAUGUCACUCUCAAGCUUUCCAAUGCCUUUAGAGUCUCUGCAAGACCCUUACUUUCCAAAGGGACCUUGUUGCAUAGGAGAAUGGGAAUUGUGAGGGCUGCAACUAUUGAAGAAAUUGAAGCUGAAAAAAAAAUCAGAAUGGAAAGGAGCAUUGAAAGUGUUCGGGCAAAUUUCAAUUCCAUAAGGACAGGGAGAGCAAACCCAGCAAUGCUUGAUAAAAUUGAGGUGGAAUACUAUGGAAGUCCAGUUAGCUUGAAGAGCAUUGCUCAAAUUAGCACCCCUGAUGCCAGUUCUCUUCUGGUACAGCCAUAUGACAAAUCAAGCUUGAAGGCUAUUGAGAAAGCCAUAGUCAGCUCUGAUGUUGGUAUGACUCCAAAUAAUGACGGUGAAGUGAUAAGGUUGACUCUCCCACAAUUGACAUCUGAAAGGAGGAAGGAACUAUCAAAGGUAGUGGCUAAACAAGCUGAAGAAGGGAAGGUAGCUUUGAGGAAUAUAAGAAGAGAUGCAUUGAAAGCUUAUGAAAAACUUGAGAAGGAGAAAAAGCUUUCUGAAGAUAACGUGAAGGAUUUGUCAAGUGAUUUGCAGAAGUUGACAGAUGAGUAUAUGAAAAAGGUUGAUACCAUCUUCAAACAAAAAGAAAAGGAAUUGCUGACAGUUUGAUGCUUCAGUAUACAAAAUAUAUUGGGAUCUCUAGAAGGUCAAGUUUUGUAUAUGCUUUCCUUUGAGUUGGAUAAUUGAUGGCUGUUUAUAGUUUUAUACGACUUAUAAAGAACAACUUUUGAAUUGAAUAUGAACAUUUUUUUAACUUGGAUAAUGGUGAAUCAAUGAUUCCGCGUGUCAUUUUAAUUA